AAACCUGUAUCGUAAAAAAACAGUUGAAUUAUGUACAGUAAUUAGAAUUAACUAGCAAAUGAGUGUAGGCCUAAAAAGUAGUGAGUAUCAAUAAAAUAGUCGGUGGUUUAAGGAAGAAAAACUUCAUUGAAGAUUAAGAAACCUGCCAAAAUGGAAUCUUACGGUCCAAUGGCGAAUAAUACGGCGCAAGCAAUUGCAAACAUCCAAAUGGUUCAAGAGGCUUUCCAAACUCUAUCACUGCUAAUGUUGACCAAUUACAUGUUCCCGAAACAGGCUGUUUUAAAAGAUGGUGACGAGUUCGACUUCAUAAUAGCUGGAGGUGGAACAGCUGGAUGUGUACUGGCAAACAGACUGGUGACAGCGAACCAUCGAGUGCUGAUGCUGGAAGCUGGAGACGUUCAAACUCCUGAUUCAGUUUUACCAGGAACUAUAGUGUAUCUACCAAAAACAAAUAGAUUUUGGAAUUAUUUGGCUCAACCAGAUGGUUACACGGAUAAAUGCCAUAAAGAACCGGCUAUGUUUAUCCCUGUUGGAAAUAUGCUAGGAGGAUCCAGUUCUGUUAACUUCAUGAUCGCUUCAAGAGGAAUAGAACAUGACUACCAUAUGUGGGCCACAGCAGCUAAUGAUUCUUCUUGGCAAUACAAAAACAUAGCCAAAUAUUUCAAAAAAAGUGCAAGAUACGUUGGUCCCAUAAGCAUGAUUCCACAGACCAGUAACAUGAAUCAAGCCAAUCGUCCAUAUAUGGGUGAAGAAGGAAACAUAGGGAUAUCCCAAGACUACAGUGCUAAUCUUGACGAUUACAUAAAAUCCUUUAAAGAAAUGGGAAAUAAAAUCGUAAAAUAUCUAGGUGGUGAACAAGCUAAGGGGUACGCUCGAGGAUUGCUCACCAUAGCAGAAGGCCGCAGACAAAGCACAGCGUCUAGUUACCUUUCGCCAGUAAAAGAUAAUUCAAAUCUGUUUGUGUCAAGAAGGACCGUUGUUAAUAAAGUAGUUUUCGAUAACAGAAAGAAUGCUAUUGGUGUACGAGUAUCAAUAGAUGGUGGGAAAGAAAUAUUUUUGAAAGCCAAAAAAGAAGUGAUUGUCUCAGCUGGAGCUAUAAAGUCUCCUCAAUUACUUAUGCUUUCAGGAAUAGGUCCGAGAAAUCAUUUGAAAGAAAAGAACAUUACUGUAGUCUCUGAUUUACCUGUUGGUGAAAACUUCCAAGAUCAACAAGCAGUUACGGUUAUACACGCAGCAAGAAAGAUUCAAGAUCCUGGUCCAUUUAACUAUCAUCUUUACCGAGCGUCAUUUAUGAUGGGAUUUAGAUCAUUGGAACCGUGUUCCAAAAUCCCUGAUUACGCCACUUACAACUUUGUACAAGAGAGACUAGAUGCCUUUCUUCAAUAUUGUGGAUUUCCUUAUGAUUUUCAAAGUGACAUCUGCGACCGAUCUUAUAGACAACUUUUGGGAAGGCAGGACGCUUAUACACAAAUUAUUAACUUAUAUCCAAAAUCAAGAGGCAAAGUGACUUUGAAUACUACAAACCCUGAUGACGCUCCAUUGGUUGAAACUGGAUACUUCACUGAAGAAGAAGACAUGAACAAUAUGGUGGAAUAUGUGAAGGAUUACCUUCCCCUUGUGAACACGACUUACUUUAAGAAAGUGGACGGUAGAAUGGUAGACCCAGUCGGAGACAAGUGCAGUAUGCAUGAAUAUGGCUCUGAUGACUACUGGAAGUGUUAUGUGUACUGCAUGGCUUCGAGUUUGUGGAACUUUGGCGGUACCUGCGCCAUGGGCUCUGUGGUGGACUCCAAGCUGAAAGUGUAUGGAGUCCAGCGGUUGAGGGUAGUGGAUGCCAGUGUGAUGCCGACUGUUGUUGCUGGGGGCAAUUACUUGGCCACUGUUGUGAUCGCGGAGAAAGCAUCGGACAUGAUUAAUGCUGAAUAUCGCAGUGAUUAAAGAUUGUUUUGUUCGUUGUGGAUCUAGAAAAUUAAGUGGUCUAUCUAUGUUUGUUUCAAAAUUUGAAACAAUUCAAAUUGGAUAAAAUAAUAGUUGAAUUUGUAUAAUAUUUGUUUUGUUUCGUUAAUGUGCUUAUCUUUGUUUCUACAAUAAACUUUGAGUAUAAUAUUGUA